AAAAUGGGAGACUUGGAGUUUGGCUUCGAGGAAAUGCAGGGUGUAAAGCUCGGGUAUUUGGUCAUUAAAGGCAAGCAGAUGUUUGCCCUUUCCCAGGUCUUCACCGACCUCUUAAAAAACAUCCCGCGGACUACAGUGCACAAACGGAUGGAUCACCUGAACGUGAAAAAGCAUCACUGUGAUCUGGAGGAGCUGCGAAAGCUCAAAGCAAUAAACUCGGUGGCUUUCCAUGCAGCCAAAUGCACUCUGAUCUCCAGAGAAGACGUGGAGGCUCUUUAUUUCUCCUGCAAAACGGAGCGCGUGCUGAAAUCCAACAAAAGGAGAACGAAGACAAAAGCAGAGGAACUUAACCGAGAUGAAGAACAUUCCCCCGACAACAGGAACAGCUUUUGGAAAAAGAAACUUUGGCUGAGUUUUCGCGGUGUGUCGCCGACUCUGGCUCUUCGAAACAAAGCUGUCAGACCGGAGCUCUCGUCUAAUCUACCUCAAAUUUACAGCAAAUCCAUUUACCAGGACUUUCAACCAGUAACAGCGACUGCAUGUAGAGCCUUCAGAAACUAUGAAACAGUACAAAUACCCGGAAAAUGUGUGGAGUUUAAUGAGAAACGCUCGUUUUUUCGAAGCGGCGAGGUCGUAAAGCGAAAGCCGGCUGUGUCCGCCAUUUCGGCUCCGUCCGACUCGGAGCUGCUUUACAAAAGAAAAAGGAGGUGCGAGAGACACUUCAGGGGCAGAAAACGACACUACCGGCAGGUUUUGCUCGUUCCUAAGUGCUGCAAACCAAAAGCAUGUCUAUCUAACGGAUCUUUGAGCCAUUUUCACUCGAAUCGUGAGCUCUACUUGGAGUCCCGGCAUUUUCAGGAGAGCUGCAGUAGCGACACCGAGUGCAGCUCCGCCAACGACUCGGACUUUGGCUCAAGUUUGUCCACCAGCAGUAGCACUAGUAGCUCCACCAACUCUGGAACCACGGACGACGAGGAGGAAGACUCUUUUUCCGGUUCAUCAGAAGAAAGCACUGAUGGAGAGAGCUCGUCUCAAUCCGAUUCGAGCUCCGUGUCCAGUCGAGUUUCGGUGCAGAGCAUCAGAUUCAGGCGCGCGCGCUUCACAAGCCUUAAUGCAAAAACGCCUCUGGUUUUGCAGCCUACUUUCCAUUACAGGUCUAAUUUUCAGCCCAAACAUGGAGGUCUGCAUGGAAGUGCUGCAGCUUUGGACUUUGAGAAAGGGAGAAAAAAAACUACUUUGGAUAUUACCGACUGGAAGCAGCGACGCAGGGAAUCUGAUGACUGGGACUGUGGGAAAAAAAUGUGCACGGUAGAGAAUAGCUUCUCAGGCCUGGAAAGCGUCGUGGCUCCUCAAUCGGUAGACUUUACAAACGAGCCAAAGACAACCGAGCUUAUAAGUGGUAGAAAUAAAUACGUAAGUUUUCCAUCCUGUGCAGAUGGAAAGGUGUUUCCCCAACAAAGAACAUCAGGAUAUCAAGCCACAUUGGCACACUGCAAUCAGGACAAAGACACUGCCGUUUCUACGGCUCACGAUAGCAAUUUUUCCGAAGGUGCAUAUUUCAAAAAAGAUGCAAAAACAGUCAUCUGCCUCAAGCAACCGUCACCUCUCAAAACAGUAAAGACUGAGACUGAGGAAUUCACAACAAUCCCAAACUUAGACACUACAAGAGAUACGAAACCAAACCACGUGAAAAUUAAAGUGGAAGACACUUUCGACGAGUAUGAAUAUGCAACCCAAGAUCAUGGUCACCAGUACAAAGAUAAAUACGAAGAAAAUGAUGCAGUCGGUUUGUGUAUCAGUGCUGAUACUGCAGAAACAGAUCGUGGAAAAGAUGGCAGACAAACAUUUCCCCCUCCUUCUAAACAGGAACCAAGCAGCACUUUAAACACUCAAGGGGAUUACAAAAACGGUGCAAGGGUCAGGAAAAGCUACCGGACUCCAGUUUGUGGAAAAAAGACAGAAAAUGUAGUAAAGACAAAUGCGAAGGUGGACAGGAGUCCUAAACCUGCUGGCAAAUGUGUGAGCAAACGAACUGCCCAACAUGCACCCUCUUUGAAAACAACUUUUAACUUCAUGGCGAAUUUUCCAUGCCCUCCGUCUCUGAUCAUUGGUAGUGAUGGAGAUUUGAGUCCUGCUUACUCUUUAACCUCUUUCAGGACUAACCAGGUGCCUCAUCCUUCUCAUCCGGUCUGGACAUGGCAGCUCGGCACUUCUGUUAUACCUCCCCACCUAAACCAGAGAUUCAGGAAAACAACAGCAUAAGCCAAUUUUGGAGAGGACAAGUCUUACACUGAUAAUUAAUUAUAAAUGUUUUGGUGAGCGUGCAGGAGGCCUACUUCUUCAUCACGUGCUACAGAAGCGCAGAUUUUUUUUCAUCCUGCUUUAUAGAACACUGUGGAUGUUUUUAAUAUUUUCUGUAACAAUGACAAAGAACAUCGUGCGGAUUUUUACUACGACCUGUUGGAAUUUCAGACUACAUCCGAAUGCCAUUUUGGAAAAGACCUAUACAUUUUCUCAGCAAAGCAUGGCUUUGACCAUUAAAAUCAUCCCUCACAUGCCAUAUAUACCCCUUUAUAUACCCCAAAUAUUUCCCAAAACCUUUCCAUUACCAGUACUCAUUGUAAAACUCAUUGUAGGUAUCUACGUUGGACCGAGUUGACAUAUUUAUUCAAGGGCUGAAGCCCAGUUGGUCCAGACCCCCGUCCCAUCCUGCCCCGUCCCCCCAACGCACACAUACACACACUACAACAAUAACAGAAAGGCUCUGGACGAUUGACAAUCAGGAGCUGUUUGGAUUUGCACGAAGUUAUGAAGAGGGAAAAACUCCAAAUCGAUGUGGUUAAGGCAUUGAUAGUCUAUGGUAGGAGCUGAAGCACAUGUUUGACUAUGCAUUGUUACAAUGCUGUAAUGCUCCAUAAUAGGCUGGUUUUAUAU